UGUCAUUCUUAGGAGGAGAUUAUACUAUGGGCGUCGGUAUUCGAAGCGGUGGAGUGUACUCUAUCGUGCUUUCUGAUCUUUGUAGAUGCUUACCUUUACCCUUAAGCUAAGUUUGGACCCUUAUGCCCAUCAAAUGCCCAAGCGCUUAAGCGUGGCCGCAGUAACUACGUGGCCUAGGGACUCGAUCAUCGAUCGCUACAUAAGUGACUAGCAUCACCUAGCUAACAUGGGGGACACGUUACAAUGCCUCAUCCUCGCAAAAUAUCCGACUCAGUCGUUGACUCCAAACAACAUGGGCUCAGAUCACCUCUUCCCAUUUGUAUGGGCCAUGGCGUGAAGUGCUAUAUCGCACAUCUCCCCUGCUGGGAGACUUCCGAACUGGAGUCCAGUUUCUACGUCUGGACAUGUCGCUGCCUGUACCGUUCUGUGUCCGGAAGGACAGUCAUGCUCACGGGUUCCAGCGAAGAGGAUAUUCAUCUGCCCACUGCUGGUGCACAUCAAGGAGGCGCUCGCGGAAUCUCUCUAGCACUGGGGACUUCACUUGUCGCACUCACCCUUCCCUUUUUACAUGUCAGUCUACCCGCUCGAAUUGAUACAUUGUUUGAAGUUUCGUCACUGGGCGUUGCCUGCGCUCGCGAAGAUCGACACCCAGCUCUCGGUGAUAAUUUCAUUGCCGAGACCAGUAAAUUAACUUCGCAAGCCCACCAAAUUCUAUGGCCUGAAAGCGUGGUAGUGUUCAACAGUCAGGAGGAGUGAAGCUGCAUUCGAAGAUAUGCGCAAGGAUGUCCGGAGAGUCUGUCAUCGGGAUUCGAGGAAUUCGUCCUUCAAGGUCUGUCGAACCCCAGUGGAUAUCGCAUGAGGUGUCAUAGGUUGACGCUCGUUCAACGCGAACAGAAAAAUGAAGGUUGUCUAGUA